AUGUCCACGGCCCACCAUCUCUCCCAGCAUCCCGACAAAUACGACAUCACCCUCAUCGACGCCGUCGACUACUGUGGCGGUCAAGCCUUCUCCUGUCCUCUCGACAAGGAUCGACAUGGAGCCAGCUGGUUUAACCAAGGAGUUCAAGGCGGGAGCUAUAUCUUCCACCACACCUUGACCAUGUUCGCACGACAGGGAUACCACGCCGACCCCGUCAAUCUCCAGGUCUCCUUUGGCAAGGACAAGACCUUUUGGACCAACGUCUUCCCAACGGACCUGUUGGCUCGGCAUCAGAGAGAGAUCAAACGCCUCAAUUUCGCCCUGAAAUUCAUGCGGUGGUUCGAGAUCUUCUUCGCAUUAAUUCCCUUGAAGAUCUUCUUCAAGCUGUGGUUUUUCUCCGAGGAGUUCACCAACACUGUUGCCUUACCCAUGGUGGCUUUGUUUCUGGGAACAGGCAAUGAAACCCCCAAUGUCCCUGCCAUCAUGCUGGAGCGUUUGUGCACGAGCCCUACCUACGGCAUGUGGUAUCCCUUUGACCCGACCAGCAUCGCGACCAAUCACCCUCCCAUGGUCGUCUUUCCCAACUUCAGCGAGUUCUAUGAGACCUGGCGCAAAGAUCUCGUCUCACGCGGUGUCACAGUCCGCCUUUCGACCGAACUUGCGGCUGUCCUCCACCGCUCAAAGUCCAGUGGCGUCGUCGUCUCUCUGAAACAGCGGACGCCAGCGCCUGACCACCACAACCCCAUUGGCGGCGACCAGGAUGCUCCGACGUUUGAAGAGCACUACGACGAACUCGUCCUCUGCUGCCUUGCCGACACCGCCAAACGGCUGCUCUCGCCCACCUCCUCCUGGCGCGAGCGGAAAGUUCUCGGCUCCGCCAAGUUUUCCGACGACAUCACCAUCACGCACACCGAUUCCGCCUAUAUGAAAAAGCACUAUCAAAACUUCUACUCGGAGUCUCUUGCCGUCCGAACCCUCGGGGGCAAAGACCAAUCAUCCCGCUGCGACUUUGGCGCGACAAAUUUCCGCCCGAUGUACUACAUCAAGAUGUACGACCAGGAUCGGUCCAAGCUGGAAAUGUGUUUCGACACCACCAACUACCAGGCACAGUUCCCGGACCAGGUGCCCUUCGAGGACCACGUGUUCCAGACCAUCUUCCUCAACAAGGACCGGGACGGGCACCUGUGGAGCGACGACGAGAUCGACGCGAGCAAGAUCAUCCGGAAGGACUGGUGGCACCAGUUGUGCCACUCGUACACGCACUACCUGCUCGUGGUCCCCUGGAUGAUGUUCCUGCAGGGCCAACGCCGGGUGCGCUACGCCGCGAGCUGGACGCUAGUCAAUGCGCACGAGGUCGCCAUCAUGGCCGGCAUCGCCGCCGCCGUCGACCUGGGCGCCGAGUACCCCGAGGACCUGGAGCACGACAAGUUCGCCUUCCUCAGCUUCCGCCUGUUCUACCUUCUGGCGUACGGCAAGUGGUAUCGCCGACGGUACACGGCCGCAGCGAGGAGCAAGCGUGGCGAAGCGGAGAGUGACAAGGCCCAACAAGGCAAGAGCUGGGCCAGUGGCGUGUACGGCAGCGUGUACAAGGGGCCCGGCGUGGCCAAGGAGGAGCGGACGACGUGGCGCGAGGAAAUGAAGGUCGGGAGGAGCACGGGGAAUCUGGCCCAGGGCAAUGCCGCGGGGAGGAGUCAGCCGUGA